GUACCUCCACCGUUCACAGUGAUCGACGGGACACGGUCGGUACAUGCGCUCAUAGUCAUCAGCAUCGACGUUUUCGAAUUUCUAUCUUGUGUUUUUGUAUUACGUCGUUUUUUAAUCCCAUUUGACCUAGUACAUUAUGCUCAUGAUGAACGAAUUCGGUUCUAUGGCUUCGGCCAACAUGUUGCCCUUCAACUCGAUGUGUCCCGGCCUAUUCGAACAUCAAAUGCCCAGACCUAGAUUGGCGUUUAAAAUGCCCAGGGUUGUACCAGAUCAAAAAAACAAAUUCCUGACAGAUGACCUUUUCAAACGACUCAGCCGCGAAAGCGAUGUCCGAUACACUAGCUACAGAGAUAGGCCACACGAAGAACGUCAAAAUCGUUUCCAGAUGGGCUGUCGGGAGGGUCAUGUGGAUAUUGCGUUCGCAAAUACCGGAACAAAUUUACAACUUAUGUUCACGCCUAAUGUUCCCACAAUGACACCUUACCAUCAGCCUGCUAUUGGCUAUUGCGAUUUUGAAAAAGAAAGAGGAAUGGUACAUAUUCUGUCACCCUUUAUAAUGAACGGAGUUUGUGUUCAAUGGAGAGGGCGGAUUAAUCUGGAAAAAUUAGACGGUGUCGGCUGCUUAGAGUACGAUGAAGAACGAGCCAUGAUCGAACAUCAAAUCCUUCAAGAGCAAAUCGAAAGGUAUAACAAUCGCAUUAAAGAUCAACAAGAUAAGCCGCGUUCUUAUCGACAGCAAGAACGUGUGCACGUGCCCGAAAUGGAUUCCGGAAAGAGAUAUUCAAAUUUCUAACGUCGUUGUUUUUUGUUGUUUCGUUUUUAUUAUUUAUAUAUCUUUGUUUUUAUUUUAAUUGUUUAGGUAAGAAAAAAGUUUUGUAUUAUAUUAUUUUUUUAAUUUCUUUUAUCUUGAAAUUCCUUAUUGUUUGUCUUUAUUUAUUUAGAAAUAAUAAACUAUCUAAAUAUAAUAUUUUUUCAUUAAGGUCUACA